UUUAUUUCUCUUUCCUUCACCUUCUUGAAAGGAAUACAAUUGGAAAGGGAAAGGAGAACCAAACCAAACCAAACCAAACCAAUUUACUACAACAAAUUAAUCCUCCACACAUCUCCCUCCUCUUCCUCCUCUUCCUCCUCCUCUUCUCUUGUCAAUUUGUUAUAAAGUGGUGGUGGUGGUGGAGGUGUUGGGGGAGGAUUUAAGGAUGGGAAAUGAUGAUGCAGAGGCACAGUUCCAUGUUCUUGCUGUGGAUGAUAGUUUUGUUGAUAGGAAACUCAUUGAGAGGCUCCUCAAGAACUCAUCCUAUCAAGUGACCACAGUGGAUUCUGGAAGCAAGGCUUUGGAGUUGCUGGGAUUGAAGGAUGAUGAACAAAAAGACCCACCCUCUACUUCUUCCCCUGAUCAACAGGAGAUUGAGGUGAAUUUGAUCAUUACAGAUUAUUGUAUGCCUGGAAUGACUGGGUAUGAUUUGUUGAAGAAGAUUAAGGGCUCAUCUGUUCUCAAGGACAUUCCAGUUGUGAUCAUGUCUUCAGAGAAUGUACCUUCCAGGAUCAACAGGUGCUUGGAAGGAGGAGCAGAGGAGUUCUUUCUCAAACCAGUGAAGCUCUCAGAUAUGAAUAAGCUUAGGCCCCAUUUAUUGAAAGGGAAAUGUAAAGAUCAUCAUCAGCAGCAGCAGAAGCAGAAGCAGCAGCAGCAGAAGCAGAAGCAGCAGCAGCAGCAGCAGCUGCAGCAGGAAAGAAAUAGUACUGUUAACAGUAGUAGUAGUAACAACAGCAGUAGUAAUACUAAUAAUAAUAAAAGGAAGGCCAUGGAUGAUGGUCUUUCACCUAAGAGGACAAAACCAAGAUUCUCUACCAGUAGCUUAACAGUAGUAUGAGGGGAAAAAAAAGGGCAUAGAGAGUAUGAUCUCCCAAGUCCCAUCCCAACCUUUGAAGAUUAUCUUUCAGGAAGAGAACUCCAAAAUCAUCUAAAUUUUGUUCCAAUUGCGAAAUUCUACUAUCUAAAUAACGAUGCUGUUGCAAUCCAUCACAUGGUCUCCUGUAUUUGUCAAUAAUUGCACACAAAGUUAUAUUUUGAGUGAAAUAACCUGCUUGCUAUUUUA